AACGGAAGCGGAAGUGGUGGCGGCGCCGGCCUAGCCUGGCCUGGCUGAGGGGAGGCGGCGGGUGUCCACGAUGGCGGAGGCCGGGCCGCAGGCGCCGCCACCCCCGGGCACCCCAAGCCGUCACGAGAAGAGCCUGGGCCUGCUCACCACCAAGUUCGUGUCGCUCCUGCAGGAGGCGAAGGACGGCGUGCUUGACCUCAAGCUGGCAGCGGACACUCUAGCUGUGCGCCAGAAGCGGCGGAUAUACGACAUCACCAACGUAUUGGAAGGUAUUGGGCUGAUCGAGAAAAAAUCCAAGAACAGCAUCCAGUGGAAGGGUGUGGGGCCAGGCUGCAAUACCCGGGAGAUCGCCGACAAGCUGAUUGAGCUCAAGGCAGAGAUCGAGGAGCUGCAGCAGCGAGAGCAAGAACUUGACCAGCACAAGGUGUGGGUGCAGCAGAGCAUCCGGAAUGUCACAGAGGAUGUGCAGAACAGCUGCUUGGCUUACGUGACGCAUGAGGACAUCUGCAGAUGCUUUGCUGGAGAUACCCUUCUGGCCAUCCGGGCCCCAUCGGGCACCAGCCUGGAGGUGCCCAUCCCAGAGGGUCUCAAUGGGCAGAAGAAGUACCAGAUUCACCUGAAGAGUGUGAGUGGUCCCAUUGAAGUGCUGCUGGUGAACAAGGAGGCAUGGAGUUCACCACCUGUGGCUGUGCCUGUGCCACCCCCGGAGGAUCUGCUCCAGAGCCCACCUGCUGUUUCUACUCCUCCCCCUCUGCCCAAACCUACCUUAGCACAGCCCCAGGAAGCUUCACGCCCAAGCAGCCCCCAGCUGACUGCCCCCACUCCUGUUCCUGGCAGCACUGAAGUCCCUGGGGUGGCCAGCCUGGCAGCUGAGAUUACAGUGAGUGGCGGCCCUGGGACUGAAAGCAAGGACAAUGAUGAGCUCAGCUCACUCCCACUGGGCCCGACAGCGCUGGAUACCAGGCCACUGCAGUCUUCUGCCCUGCUGGACAGCAGCAGCAGCAGUAGCAGCAGCAGUAGCAGCAGCAGCAGUUUAUCCGGACCCAACUCUUCUACCUCCUUUGAGCCCAUCAAGGUGGACCCCACAGGUGUUCUGGAACUCCCCAAAGAGCUGUCAGAAAUCUUUGAUCCUACACGAGAGUGCAUGAGCUCAGACCUGCUGGAGGAGUUGAUGUCCUCAGAAGUGUUUGCCCCCCUCCUCCGCCUUUCUCCACCCCCUGGAGACCACGAUUACAUCUACAACCUGGAUGAAAGUGAAGGUGUCUGUGAUCUCUUUGACGUGCCUGUUCUCCACCUCUGACUGACAGACAUGCCCCAGUGUCUGGGAUCCAGACUGAGCUGGGGGCUGCCUGGGAACCUUCCCCACCCCUACCCCUACACAGCUUGAGGGUCACAGACUGCAAGCUUGUCCUACUGCACAGUUCUAGCCAGGCCUUCCUCUUCUGCUUUGGCGUUUGUUCUGUGUGAGCAGAGCAGGGGAAAAGGCUCAGCCCCCUCCACAUGGAGCCAAAGUGUUUGCUUCCCUUUUUCUGGAGCCCCCCACCCCAUAGCCCAGGCUCAGCUGCCAUCCAGUGGCACAGGCCCGCCAUUGCCCCCAUAGGGCAGUUUGUCCAGCCCCUCUCCCCCAGGAAGGAAGGAUGGAAUAGAGCUGAGUACUUUGCCAGCCUCAUCCUAGCUUCCUUCCCUGCCUACUCAUCCUACAGCUUCUGGAUCUCUCAUGUACCCCCUUCUGCUGAGGCCCCAGCUCUGAGUAUUGGGGAGGGAGUUGCUAGUAAGAAGGAAUUGAGGUGUCUAGGAAUCUGGAUGGGUUGGUCCCAACCUCCUGAUGCUCCAUAGUUCCCCCACCCCCCUUCAUUUCCAUUUAUCUUUGUUUAGAGCCAUUUGCAGAGAUUUAGAAAGAUUUACAGUAACGAAUGGAUUCCUAUAUAAAGAUUAUUUUUAUACUUUUUGCAGCAAAAGGAAAUUGUAAUAUUUGUACAGUGUCCAAGUGAAUAAAGACCUUGCCUAAGGCUA